AUGUUAAUAUUACAAUUAAUUAUUUUUACCAUAUUAACUACUAAUAUUUGUACACAAUCAAUAAAUUCAUCCACAAAUCUUAAAAUUAAAAUAACAAAACAACCAUUCUUGGCAUCUAAUAUUAAACAAUUAAAAGAAGUUAAUUGGACAAUGUUAGGAAAAACAUCUAGUGAAACUAUUUAUUGUAUUUCUAAUAAUCCAUUAAUUAAACUUAACUUUGUAUGUCCAGAAUGUAUUGAAAAAAAUUUUACAGAUAUAACUAAUAUUCUUACUUCAGCAGAAGACUUAACAAAAAUGUCUGGAUUUCCGACAAUUGUUUUACAAAAUGUACCAGCUAAAGCUAACUGGACUGGUAUUAAUAUAAUAUGUCAUGGAAAAUUAAAUAAUAAAAUAUUUCAAUCAUCACCUGUUAAAAUUGUUGUCCAAUACAUUCGCCAACCAUACAUUGUUGAUAAAAAUAAUAUGAAACCAAAUUUAAAUUCUAAUCAAGGAUAUAUUUUUUAUGUUAAUUGUUUAAAAAGUUAUAAUGGUAAAUGUCAAGAAUUUUCUAAAGAAAAUAAUAUACUUAAAUGUUUGGUUGAAGCACACCCUAAACCAACAUCUUUUAAAUGGUAUAAAAAUGGAAUUGAAAUGUCUGAAAAUGGAUCAAAAAUUGAAAUUAAUACUGAAAUGAUUGGACAAUCAAUUCAAUGUGGUGUAAAUAAUGGUCUUCAUAGAGAAAAUAUAAUGUUAGAAUCACAAGCAAUACAAAUAUUUCCACUUAUUACUCCUAAAAUUAUAAAAAAUAAUUUUAAAGAUUUAAAAAAUUCAAAACUUUAUCAACCUGAUAAUAGAAUUAACAUGAAAGAAAACAUUAUUUUAAAUUGUGAUUUUGAAGGAAAUCCAAAACCUCAAAUAUUUUGGAAACAUCGUAAAGUUAAUGGUGAAAUAAUUGAUGCUCCAUGUUUGGAAGAUAAUGAUAACAAUGAAAAUGUAAUAAAUAUUAAUAAUGCUAUAAGAGUUAAAUCAUCAUGUAAAAUACAUGCAUCAAAUUAUUCCUCUUCAGGAAAAUAUUGGUGUAAUGGAUGUUUUAAAUCAUUAAAUAAUUCUUUAGAAUGUUAUCCAAAUUUAAAUGAUACAUUAGAUAAUUAUUUUGAAAUGAAUAUACAGGGACCACCAGUUGCUUCAAUACCAAAUUUUACUAUAGAAAUGGUAAAUAAUAAUAAUAAUAAUGUCAAUGUUAAAUUAUAUUAUUGCUCUAAUCCUAAACCACUUCUUAAAAAAGAAGUUACAUUUGUUAUUGAUCAACAAAUAAUUGAAGAAGGAGAAAGAUGGAAUAAUUUAGAAUUUUUAAAAAUUGAACAUGAUAACAUAACACCAGAUUGUUUUAUUGCCAAUCUAAUAAUCUAUUCAAUAAAAACUUUUGAUAAAGAAAAGAAGAUAAAAUUAAUAGUACAAAAUACAUUUGGUAAAAUUGAUAUUAAUAUUCCAAAUGAUUUUACUUUUAAUGGAAAAAAUAUUAUUACUUCUUCAAUAUGGUUUACAAAUGGGAUUGUUUUCUUUAUAUUAUUACUUAUCAUUAUACCAGUAGUUUUAAUUAACAUUAAAAAGUAUAUAUUAAAACUUAAAAAAAGUAAAGAUAAUGAAAAAAAUAAAUUUAAUAAUUGUGAUAAAGAAAAUGAAAAUAAAAUUAAAAACACAUUACAAGGAGAUAUAAAAGAUCAAAAUUGUAUUGAAUCAAGUACAAGUAAUUCAUUAAAUCUUCCUAUGAUCGAUGAUACAUUAAUUUACAAUGAUUAUGCAGAUUUUAAAGUUUAUGGAACACUUAAAAAACAAUCUAUCUACUUUAGUCAGGAAGCUUUUGUUUAA